UGAAACUAAAUAGUAUAUAGUGAGUGUGCUGUAUGUUAUGCAUAGCAGUAUAAUGUGCUCAGUUUUCAUGGCAUUCUAGUCAUUUUGGAUUAUGGACAUCAUGUCAUGCUAACUGUUGGUAGAUUUUGAUAUAAAGUAACAACCUUUCUGUCAGGAGUUAUUCAUUGUAUUGACUACUUACUGUGUGUAUGUGUCAGAUACCUCAGGGGCCGAAACUGGAGCCCACAAGUGAGGAAAAAGACUGCAGGGAGAAAGAAAACAUGCAGUAUCUGUGUGCUACAAAUGGGAGAACAGAGCAGUGCUGUGGGGAGCACAGACGGAGACUGGAGUUAUUCUGCCAGGAAGAUGAGGCCUUUGUUUGUGUCCUUUGUGUUCCCAGACAUUCCUGCCACAGCUUUGUGUUACUGAAUGAGGCAGUCAGUGUGUAUAAGGACAAAAUCCAAGUAUCCUUAUCAGUUCUUGAAUCCAAACCUAAUGAUCUCAGAAACUUGGUAAACAAGAAAGAAAAGGAACUUGGAGACCUACAGGAAGAUGCGUGUAGCUUGGAACAGUACAUUACACAAGAGUUUGCAAAACUGCACCAGUUUCUUCAUGAGAAGGAGCAAAAACUAAUCCAACUGCUUAAGGAUGAAGAAGCAGAAAUUCAGAGACAGAUGGAAAGAAAUCUUGAAAGCCUAAGAAAUGAUGUUGUGGCCACCCAUGUGGCAGUGUCUGAUGCAAGCUUGGAGCUCAGGAAGAAAGUCAUAGAGACUCUGGAAGAAAAGGAAGAAAGUACUCUAGGUCUUAAAAAAGUCAUAGAGACUCUUGAAGAAAAGGAAGAAAGUACUCUAAGUCUUAAAACUUCUGUUAUGGCCACUCUGGAAGCAGAGUCCAAGGGUAUGUCAGAACUUAUAAAUCAGAAAACUACUGGUUUUCUAACAGCACCAGAAACAUUUGAGGAUGUUGCUGUCACUUUCUCAGAAGAAGAGUGGAAGAUAUUAAGUAAACAAGAGAAGGAGCUGCACAAGGAAGUGAUGGUGCAGAACUAUGAAAGCUUGGUAUCAGUAGGGUACAAAAUCCCCCCAGAAAAAUUAUUACUGCUAAUUAAACAAGAUUCUGAUGAACAGCCAAAGUGUGAUGUGGAGGGAAAACAUAUCACAAAACAGCAGGGUAAUCAAGAAGGUGGCUUCAGCAGUAUUGAAAGCAUGGAGUGGAGUGUAAGUUCCAUUCUGCGGCCUUCUCUAGGACAGCCUCAGAUUCAUCACUCAGCAGAGAACCUUCAGCAGUGUGCUGAGUUUGGCAAACAUCAUGUCAUGCCUGCACCACAACUUCACUCAGGACAUUACUGCAGCCAGAGUUGUGAAUGUGGAACAAAUCAUAGUGUCUACACAGGGAAGAAACUGUAUACUGGUGCUGAAUACACCAAGUUGUUUUCUCGUAGCUGUAAUCUGAUACACGGUCAGACCAUUUAUGAAGGAGAUCCCUCUCUUGGGGUCCAGUCUUAUGGUGACAUGAAGGUCCCUAAACAUGUGAAUAAAUUAAAGAGGGGUAAACAUUGUAAGCGUGCGGAAAGCAGUAAAUGUUUUUCACAGAGCAUUCACCUGAUACACCAUCAAACUAUUCCCUCAGGCAAAAAAACUUAUGUUUGUAUGGAAUGUGGUAAGGGUUUCAAAAGAAAUUUGCAUCUAAAGCAGCAUCAGAACACACACCGAGAGGAAACGCCAUAUAAAUGUGCUGAGUGCAGUAAAUAUUUUACAUGUCUCAGUAACCUCCAGCGGCAUUGUAUCAUUCACACAGGCAAGAAACUAUACACUUGCAUGGAAUGUGGGAAGUGUUUCACACAAAAGGGGGUUCUAAAACGCCAUCAGAACACGCACAGAGGGGAGAAACCAUAUAAAUGUGAAAAAUGCAGUAAAUGUUUUACACGUCUUAGUAGCCUUCAGCGGCAUAAUAUCAUUCAUUCAGACAAGAAACCAUACAAUUGUACUGAAUGCAGUAAGUGUUUUAUAAGAAAGGGACAACUAACUAUUCAUCAGUUUUCUCAUUCAGGGGAGAAGCCGUAUAAAUGUGUUGAAUGCAAUAAAAGUUUCACACUUAAAAUGUCAUUAAAAUGCCAUCAGAACUUGCACAGUUUGGAGAAACCAUAUAAAUGCGCUGAGUGCAAUAAAUAUUUUGCACGUCUCGGUAACCUUCAGCAGCAUUGUGUCAUUCACACAAGCAAAAAACCAUAUACUUGUAUGGAAUGUGGGAAGUGUUUCAGAAGAAAUGAGCAUCUAAAACGGCAUCAGAACAAACACCGAGGGGAAACACCAUAUAAAUGUGAUGAGUGCAGUAAAUAUUUUAUAUGUCGAAGUAGCCUUCAGCAGCAUUGUAUCAUUCACACAGGUGAGAAACCAUACACUUGUAUGGAAUGUGGGAAGGGUUUCACACGAAAUGCGCAUCUAAAACGACAUCAAAACACACACUGAGGGGAAACACCAUAUAAAUGUGCAGAAUACAGUAAAUGAUUAGACAGCUUAGUAGCCUUCAUCACCAUCAUCUCAUUCACUCAGACAAGAUCACCAAAAAUACUCAGAAAGAUAGACAUGAUAAAAGCAAUGCACAGUAUUGUAACAGAUUUUAUUGUGCAGUAUUACAAAUAAUAAACUAAAA